GUUUAAUGGCCAGAGCUCUGGCAAAGCAGUUGGGAGAGCGAGUUUGUGGUUAAACGCACCUUUUGACGCGUUAUGCUUUCAGGCAAUCCUAUAACAGAAGAUGAUCGGGUUUCAGUGCAAAUAAUGAAGACGGAGCAAGAGAUGUGCUACGCAUGUGGACAACUAAUAGCUGAUCGCUUUCUCCUACACGUGAAUGGCAGGUCGUGGCAUGCACUUUGUUUAAGAUGUUCUAUAUGCAAAGUUGCCCUUGACCAACAACAUUCGUGCUUCAUAAAAGACGACACUAUCUACUGCCGGACAGAUUAUGUUGAAAGAAAGAAGAACCAGAACAUGACGCUUUUUGGUACUAAAUGUGCAAAAUGUUCUCGAACAAUUCAUGCAUCUGAUUGGGUGAGAAGAGCUAGAGAGCAAGUUUAUCAUCUAGCAUGUUUUGCUUGUGAUUCUUGCAAAAGACAACUGUCUACGGGGGAAGAAUUUGCCCUGCACGAUAGUAGAGUACUUUGCAAGACCCAUUUUUAUGAAUGCAUUGAUGGUGGGAAUGGAUCCAAUGACGAAAACACAGAUAGUGAACAUCAACAGAAAGCCAAAACGAAAAGAGUCCGUACCACUUUCACAGAGGAACAGCUUCAAGUUCUUCAAGCCAAUUUCAACCUUGACUCCAAUCCAGAUGGUCAGGAUUUAGAAAGAAUAGCUCAGAUUACAGGUCUCAGCAAACGUGUCACACAAGUUUGGUUCCAAAAUUCGAGAGCCAGGCAGAAGAAAUAUCUCAACAACCAAGCCAAGAAAGCAAAUGCAAUUUCAAUGCCCUCGAUGACGGCAGCAACUUCUUGUCCAGGUUGUGGAAUGCUCUACUGCCUAUGCUCUCAUCCGAGUUUGCAAUUGAGCAUGAGCCAGGUAGCGUGAUAGACUGCUGAUGACCUCUGAUCUGUACAUAAUUCAUCAUCCCUAGGGUGGUCAUUGCAGCCAAGUCCGGUGAAUAAAAAAGAAAACGUGCCCUCUUUUAAUCCCAAAUCCUGUCUGUCAUGCCAAUCACAAAUGACACUGUUUGGGUGGCGAGAAUCCUUUUUAAAUACGUAUCAAGCCAAUAUGAAAUGAAGGUCUAUAUAUUUGUGCCAAAUGUAUCUGUAAAGUCGAUUAGUGAGAUUUCAUUUUUUUUUUUUUUCUACAACAGAUUUGUGAACAAGGCUACUGUCGGAAUUUCUUUUAUAAACAAAGCCGCAGAGUUUUCCUGUUGCAUGUUUUUUGUUAAAGAAGUGAUGUUUAACAAAAGUUUUAAUUGUCAACGUUUAUUAUACAUACAUAUGUCACAUCAUAUAUACAUACAUAUGUCAUUUAUUAUACAUACAUGUGUCAAAAAUAAAUAAAUAAAUAAAAAUGAAGUAGAAAACGUUUUAGCUCUUUUCUCUCCGGGUAAAUUUAUCAACUAUUUAUCACGUAAAGCUUAAAACAUAAAGUUAUUUGCUUAAGGGGAAACACGUCGGCAAACUUUUUUGAAAUUUAAUUUUCUUUUAAGUCAUUUGCUUUGUUUAUUUUAUUUUAUUAAAACUCAUGGGAAAGCUACAAUAACAAGCAUAUGGCUGGCAAACUUUUUCUUGGGAAAAAAAGGCUUUUAAAAGCUAGCAAG